AUGUCCCCGAUGUUCCCACAGUGUCCCCAACAGGACUCCAGUGUGUCCCCAGUGUCCCUAACAGGACAUCGGGGAGACCCUGGGAGCUUGCUGGGGACAAGGGGGGUCCCGUUGGGGGUUGGGGACACUCAGGGGGCCAUUGGGGACCUCACGAUGGCCCCGCGGGCGUGGGCGGGGAGUGGCCGGGGAGGUGACGUCACCUCUUCCUGCUCCCCCCCCACGGCCACGCCGCAUUCCCGCGUGUUCCCCGAGUGUCCCCAGAGUGUCUCCCUCCCGCCAGCAUCCCCCCGGAGUGUCCCCGGAGUGUCCCCAGCGGCCAUGGAGCCCCGCGAGGUGCUGGAGCGGCUGGUGGCCGUGGUGGCCACCCUGGGUGAGCUGGCCGCCACUGUGGCCGGGCCGGAUGGGGAUGUGCUGCUGGCCGUGUCCCCAGGGUCCCUGCAUGCGGCCCUGGGGACAUUCAUUUGUCACCUUCGAGACACCCUGCACCACCGCGGUGUCACCUACCUGGGCCAGGCCCUGGCCACCCUCGGGGCCACCCCAGGGGCCACCUGGGCCCAUGUGACAGCCGAGGCCAGCACCUGGCGGGACUCAGUGGCCGCGCUUGGUGACAGCUGGGCCCAGCUGACUGAGGAGGCCACCAAGCUCUGUGAUGCCUGUGGGGACAGGACCACCACCGAGGCCACUGCCAAGGCCACUGCCACCAGACUGGCUGGGGACUUGCAGGACAAGGACACCCGCUGGUGGAUAGCUGAGGACAACCUGGUGGCCACGGCCUGGCAGCUGCCAGUGGCCCUGACUGAGGACAAGGUGGACUCGGUGCUGGCCAAGCACGAGGCAAGGAUGGCAGCAGCUGCCGACGAGGUGAUGGCAGCUGCCAAGGCCAGGGAAGAGGCCGUGGUGGCCUCCAGCCAGGCAGGGGCAGCCAACAGGAGGGGACAGCGGGCGGAGGUGGCCCUGGGGCCACUGAAGAGCUUGGUGGCCAAGUGUGACAGAGCCAGGGCGUUCCCCAAGGAGCUGCAGCGCCGGCUGGGGGACAUCGAGGCCGCACUGGAGGGGACAAGGGAGGCAUCCGCUGAUGUCCCCGAGGCCUUGAAGGCCGCGGUGGCCGAGACCGAGCGGCUGUGGGAUGCCAGUGCCCGCCUGGCCACGUGUCACCUGCUGGGGACACUUGGGGACAUCCGCAGGCUCCUUUCGAGUUGCCCUGGUGGCCCCUGUGGCCCCCGUGGCCGUGUGGUGGCUGAGCGGUGCCAAAAAGCCAUCGAGGACAUCCCGAGGCUGCUGAGGGGACAGUGAUGUCACUGCCGUGACGCCAUGAAGAGCGGUGAAGCCACCAGGGGACACCAUUGGUGUCACUUGCCCCCUCUCCCCUCCUCAGACGAGAUUAGAGACAAAUUUGGGAAAUUUUCAUUAAAAUUGUCGCAAAUCCUGA